GCGCUCGUCUGCCUUGUGCGGAGAAUCAUCAUCAGACAGCUCGCUCACUACUAGAAGGAAGUGCAUAUGAAGUGCCCUUGGUUUUAUUUUGAUGUACAAGAGCGCUAAUAUCUUCGUAUUAAAUAACAUAAUCCCCGAUAUCAGUACAGAGGGGUCUCUCCUGGUUGCCCGAGCGGCAGAGGCUGUUUUCACCGGAGCAGCGUGGGUUAAGGUGGGCCUUGCCCGGAUAUCUGUCUGACAAGCGAACCAAGACCGAUCCGGAACCCGCCUCGAGAUAACCAGCACACCCAGUCCUUCGGAGAGCACACUUGGAGCCCCUUUUGGACUACAACACUCACACACACACACACCAGAUGGCGGAUAACCUGAGCGAAGCCCUGAAGACGCUGAAGCUCUCGUCGGCGGACAGUGUCGAGGGCUGCUUGGACUGCCUGCUCAAAGCUUUGGCCCACAAUAAUGUUGAGACCAGUGGAAAGAUCCAGGAGAUGGGUGUUCUUGCCAUGAUGCCUGCUCUUCUGUCUGCGCAGAACUCAUGCACACCUAAAGUAGCCAACAUCAUUGCAGAGGUGGCCAAAAAUGAGUUCAUGAGGAGCCCGUGUGUGGAAGCAGGCCUCAUUCCUCCACUGGUUCAGCUGCUAAACUCUAAGGACCAGGAGAUACUGCUCCAGACGGGACGAGCCCUCGGCAACAUCUGCUACGACAGCCAUGAGGGCAGAAGUGCAGUUGACGCAGCGGGUGGUGCUCAGAUAGUUGCCGAGCACAUUAAGUCUCUGGCCGAAAGCACUGACCCGGCCACCGGGAAGCUCUUGACUGUCUUUUGUGGCAUGCUGAUGAACUAUAGCAAUGAUAAUGACUCGCUGCAGGCUCAGCUGAUCAUCAUGGGUGUGAUCCCAACACUGGUCAGACUGCUGGGCGUUCAUUCUCAAAACACCGCCCUCACUGAGAUGUGCCUCAUUGCCUUUGGCAACCUGGCAGAGCUGGAGUCCAGUAAGGAGCAGUUCGCCUCUACUAACAUUGCAGAGGAGCUGGUUCGCCUCUUCCGUAAGCAGGUGGAGCACGAGAAGAAGGAGAUGAUCUUCGAGGUGUUGGCGCCACUCGCUGAGAACGAUGUGAUCAAGCUUCAGCUGGUGGAUGCUGGUCUGGUUGAGUGUCUGCUGGAGGUCGUGGCUCAGACGGUGGACAGCGACAGGGACGAGGACGUGGCUCAGCUCAAGACGGCCUCAGACCUCAUGGUCCUUCUGCUGUUGGGAGAUGAGUCGAUGCAGAAGCUGUUUGAGGGGGGUAAAGGCAGCGUGUUUCAGAGGGUCCUCUCAUGGGUGCCCUCCAACAACCACCAGCUCCAGCUAGCAGGAGCACUCGCCAUCGCUAACUUUGCCCGCAAUGAUGGGAACUGCAUCCACAUGGUAGACACUGGUAUCGUACAGAAGCUUCUGGAGCUGUUGGACAGACAUGUUGAAGAGGGGAACGUGACGGUGCAGCACGCCGCCCUCAGCGCUCUGAGGAACCUCGCCAUCCCGGUGGUCAACAAAUCUAAGAUGCUCUUGGCUGGUGUGUCGGAUGUAGUGCUGAAGUUUCUCAAAUCUGAGAUGCCUCCAGUCCAGUUCAAGCUUCUGGGAACAUUACGGAUGCUCAUUGACACUCAGGCUGACGCAGCAGAGCAGCUGGGCACAAACGCAAAGCUGGUGGAGCGUUUGGUGGAGUGGUGUGAAGCGAAAGACCACGCUGGUGUGAUGGGAGAGUCCAACCGCCUGCUGUCCGCUCUCAUCAGACACAGCAAGUCAAAGGAUGUGGUCCGAACAGUCAUACAAGGUGGAGGUGUCAAGCACUUGGUAACAAUGGCCACGAGUGAACACAUGAUCAUGCAGAAUGAAGCGCUGGUGGCCCUGGGUCUCAUAGCGGCACUAAAUCUGGAUUGCGCAGAGGAGGACUUUGUCGCCUCUAAUCUGGUGCAGGUUCUACACAAACUAUUGAAAGAUGAGCACAGUGCACCGGAGAUCAAAUACAACUCCAUGAUUCUCAUCUGCUCCAUCAUGGGAUCAGAGCCACUUCAUAAAGAAGUGCAGAGCUUGGCCUUCAUCGACGUGGUGUCCGGUCUGCGCUCACAUGAGAACAAGACGGUGGCGCACCAGGCCUCUCUCACAGAGCAAAGGCUAACGGCGCAGAGCUAAAGGACUCUUCCUCAGCAUCUCCUCCCUGCCUGCUUCCCCUCACACACACACAUCUCUCAUUGUCAUGUGCCAAGCUGUUGUCCCCUCUGCGUUCUCUGCUACAGACUCUCAAAGCCCUCUGUUUGCUCCGCGCUUGGAGAGAUGCGUUACCCAAAGGCGGCCAUACUUUGUAGACAGCCUUCUGCAAUAGAUUCAUACCCGAACAGCAAAAUAUUUUUAAAAGACCAUAGCUGUGAUAAAAAAAAAAAAAAACACACACACACACACAAAAAAACAUGAAAUUCACCUAUAAAAGCUGAAAAAAAAAAAUAGAACAAGAGUGUUGGCAGUGGAAAUAGCGCAGUUGUGCUUUCAUGACAUGUAAAAUCACACAUACCAACCGACUUGUGCAUGGUCUUUUUUUUGUUUUUUUUUAAUCGUCUGGUGUAUCUGUGUUCAGCGACUCAAGCCACGCCCAUAUGAUAUGCCCCGCCCCUUUCCUUCUGCUUACUAUUUGACAUAGACGAGUAGAGAUCAAAUGUGUUUGUACUGUAUAGGGCACCUCUGGACCAGCAUGGACCUUUUCAUAUUUUGCCUCCUGGUCCUCGUGCCACCCAUAAUCCAUAUCUACUGGAAAGAGCUAAUUACAUAAUCAUUAGUCUGUUGCGUUUACAAAAAUAGAUCAUUAUCGUCAUAUGGAGAAGUAAUAUAUCUUGAUACCAAGGACUGAAGUUGUUGUACAUGACGCCCUCAGAUACGCGUCAAAAAAAGUGAUGUCAUUAUAGUGUAGUUUUAAUAACUUGAAAGGAUAGUUCCCCAAAAAAUAAAUUCUGUCUUUAUUUAUUCACCUUCAUGUUGUUCCAAACCUCGGGUGCAUUUCUUCUGUAAGAAGGAUAUAUUUUGAAGAAUGCUGGUAGACAAACUGUUUCAGGUCCCACUGACUUUUGUACAUUCUGUGGAAGUCAUUGGGUUCAGAAACAAACUUUCUUCAAAAUAAUGGUCUUUUUUUUUAAGAAGAAGAAAAAUGAAACUAUUUGGUUAGCAGAUUAUUCAAAAUAUCUAAUAUAAAUAUGCAUACCUGUAUAGUUUGAUGAAAGUUGGUGAUUAAAAAGAUUUAGGUCCCAUUGACUUCCAUGGUAUACCAAAUUCUUCAAAGUGUUUUAUUUUGUGUUCCAUAAAAGGAAGAAAUGGCAUUGUUCUAUAGAAGAUAUUUGAAAGAAUUUUGGAAACAAAAUGGUUUCAAGUCCCAUUGACUUCCAUACUAUUUUGUGUGCAUACUAUGCAAGUCAGUGGUACCAACAUCAAAUGGAUACCAACAUCCUUCAAAAUAUCUUCUUUUGUGUUCUACAGAUGAAAGCAACCCCAACUUUCUAUAGAAGGUACUUUGAUGAAUAUUGGUAAACAAACCAUGGUUUUUGAAGAAUUUUGACCAAAACCAAAUAAACUUCCGUGGUAUUUGAAGAAUUUUUGUAAUCAAACAGUUUAGGUCCCAGGGAUGACCUGAAACCAUUUGUUUACCAACAUUCUUCAAAAUAUCUUCCAUUAUGUUCCACAGAAGAAAGAAAUGCCAACAUUCCAUAAAAGGUAUUUUUAAGAAUCUUGGUAACCAAUUUUGUGUUCCAUUGACUUCCAUUGUAUUUUUUCACCCAUAUUAUGGAAGUCAAUGGCAUAUGGAAAAAAAAAAAAAUCUUCUGUGUGUUCAGAGAAGAAAGAAAUUCCAACAUUCUAUAGAAGGUAUUUUGAAGAACAAACCGUUUCUGGUCCCCAUUGACUUCCAUUGUAUUUUUUGACCAGACUAUAGAAGCCAAUGGGAAUUUUGGUUACCAACAUUUGUCAAAAUAUCUUUAUAAAGUAACGCAUACAGAUUUUGAAAUGACAUGUUUUAAAUUUUUUUUGGGUGGACUAUCCCUUUAAAAUCGAUCAGGAAAUGAUUAGCGCACACACACAUACGGUGGGGUCAUGGCAGAUUACUGAGACAUGUAAGGGCUGGGACUGGUCAUGUGUGUAGCUGAAACAGCCAGUUACGCUGAGCAAGGUAACCGAAUAAUAAUAAUAAUAAUGUCUCAAACGACAGACUCGUUGUGAAUGUUUCUUUUGAGAAAGUGUCUUUUCUUUUGCAUGUGGAGCUGCCUGUCCUUCUUUCCAUCCUCUCCAGUAUCCUCUGAACAUGCACCUCCCUGCAUGUCCGAUACUGUGAAAAUCACUGUUAUGUGGCCGUUUUAUGUCGGGUAAUUAAUUUCUUAUUUAUCAUGUUUGUACCCUCGAGAAACCACAUGGCAAUCCAGUAUAUCUACAGUAGGGACCGUACAAAUAUAAACGGAAUUAAUUGUUGUAAAUGUCAUUGAUGAACUGUACAUUUCAAAGAUUUAAACUUAUUAAAACAAUCACUGGUGACAAAUUUA